AUGGAUAACAGUCCUAUUAUAAGGUACCACCUUAAUUCUGUAUUUAACCAAUCUUCUUUUUGUUCAGUUCUAUUUGUGUUAUAUCUACUAAACAUUCUUCAAUUUCAGGUCAUCCACAAUGCAAUUGAAAAGUACAAUUGCACAUAUAGCCAACAAAUUAAACAAUUAAAGCCUCUGCAGUAUAAGGCUAUUCAGUCAAUUCUCACUGGAAGAGAUGUUCUUUGUUGCUUACCUACAGGCUAUGGGAAAUCCCUAUUGUAUGAAAUAUUACCUUGUCUGUUUGUGGAUUCAUUUAUAGUAGUGAUAGAGCCACUAUCAAUUAUAAUCAAGCAGCAAGAAGAAAAACUUGGUAGAAGUGCAGCAUCCCUGAAGAAGGGCAAAUACAAUGAAAAUGGUGUUCAAUUUCUUUUCUGCCACCCAGAAGACAUUGUGGACAAUAAAGCAUUUAUUGAUGUAGCAUGCAGUGAGAAUUUCCAGAAGAAAAAGUUGUUUUUAGUUGUUGAUGAGGCACAUUGUAUAAUUGACUGGGGGGAUGACUUUAGACCAAAGUUCAAACAGAUAGCUGAACUUAGAGCUGUUAUGGACUGCCAAGUUAUUGCAUUGUCAGCCACAGUCACAAAGCUAGGCCAAGAGGCAAUCAAAUCAAAUCUGUUGAUGAAAUACUGUGAAACUGUAUCCACCAGUCCAGCUAAGGAAAACAUUUCAUUUAUCAAAGUUAAAAGACCAAGCCCACAUGCUAAAGGGAAUACAGCCAACACACCUUAUGAUUAUAUCUUCAAACCAGUUCUUGAGGAGUUAAAAAUAAAGCUUGGCUCAUUCCCAAUUACAAUAAUCUAUUGUAAGUCUAUGCAGGGGAUUGGAUAUUGCUAUGAGCUGGCAAGAAGGUAUCUGGAAAACAAUUUUUAUGAAGAGGUCAGGAAUAUUUAUGAUGAAUUUGUAAUACAGCAACUUUCCUUUUCCAGAGAAAAAGGUGAGAUGUCUUUAUAA